UCCAUUAUUCUUUUUCUGCUUUUAACUAAUUGCAGUUUUUUGGCCCCAAAAAGAGUGAAAAACUAACCACAUCACAAUUUGAAAACUUCAAGCAUUGACCCCUAUGUACAUGCAAGACGAGAGUCCCCUGUUUCGUCCACGUAGCAAGAACGUGUCCGAUCUUGAGAACCCAGACUCUGCAAAUUACGUGCCGAAGUGAAAAUUUCUUUCCUUUUCACUUCUCUUUUCUUUGGUACUUAUCCCCCUAGAAAGAAGCAGCAUCAUGAUGGCAAAUUUAAGCAGAAACGCUGUGCUUCUAUUUCUUCUCUUCUUCAUCGUGGUGGUUCUUCAAUUCCAGAUCGCCGUUCAACAAGGCGGCGCCGGCCACCCUGUCGUUCAAGAUGAACAAGGAUACCCCCUCUUACAUAAGUAUGUUCUGGAUACUGUUUCCCUACUCAAAAAGUCUCACAAAAGCUCGUGGGAGAAGGUCAAAUCUGUAAUCCAUGACCUUCAGAUGAAGUUCUCUCCUCCAAAUUUGGAUUUCCGGGGAGCGAAGGAGGCCCAAAGUGAUGGAAUGAAAGAAGCAGCAGAGAAGAGCUUCCAUAAAAGCAAAGAGACAGUGAAGGAAUCUGCAAAAUCUGCAGCAGAAAUGAUUGGAGAUGCAGUUCACAAGACCGCACAAAAAGUGAAGGCUCCUUCCUCUGCCUCUGCCUCUGAGCGAGAGUCUGAUUCAGAGCUUUAAAUCUUUUUGUCACACACACACACACACUUACACACUUAUUUAAUCAGUAGAAAACGAUAAUGUGAAACAAUCUGUUUAUCUUGAAGCUUCUGUUACCUUUCCAAAUUUCAUCCUUAUCCAAACAUGCCUAUGAUUGAACCACUCUAUUGAACAACAAGAAGCUUAAUUUUA